AUGGCGGGGAGUGGCUGUACGUUAUGCUGGCUUAUUCCAACGAACAAAGCUGCCCUCGACAUUGUGUAUGAUGAAGCGAAUUCAGCGUCUCGCGAUACUGUCCCUGUCUUACCAAGACCGAACCAACUCUCCGAAAGUCUCGCUGCUGAUGAAAAGGAAAGGCUAGACUGUCUCCGUGUUGGUUUCGAUCAUAAGCCAAUCCAGGACUGUCUGGUGGCCUUCGGACGGGACCCUUAUAGGUCUGACAUAUUCUUGAGAGAAACCCACUAUUCCCGCACCCAGGCCUAUCUCUAUAUCCACCCGACUUCACUUGACUUGAUAUGCCGCGACUACUCCUCGUUUCAGACGACUUCCUUGCUCUUCGAUGAAGAUUGUGGGCCUGUGGGGGGAUGGAGUGCUGUGGAACAUUUCGUCCAUGAACAAGCUCCUCUCCCAUCCAGCAACCCAGUUCUGGAUCUUUGUGGAGCACACUUCACCUUUCAAUGGUUUCCGCCGUCCGAGGAAAGGGAACUUCGGGUGGCUAAAGAACAUUUCUUGCAACGUGAGAUCUCCAAGAACGAUCGGAGAACUCUCACCCCCUGGGACUUGUUUAGCCACGGGAAACCUCUAAGCAUUGAUUAUCCGGGGCAGUGUGGAUAUCGGGCAACUAUCAAUCCUUUAGCUCUUCUGUAUCUCCCUUCCGAUAUCCGUUACAUGAUCUCUAGACUUGUGCUCCUUCAAUCAGGUCCAAUCACACCUCGUACGUGCCCGAGUACCAGGAAGGAAGACACAAAGAGAUAUCAUUCUGUGCACGGCUGUACUGACCUGCUAAACUAUUCCCAUCAGCUUUUGAAUCCGGUCUAUUCGUCCCUCAGCCUCGCCACGGAAGCUGCGGACAUCUUCUACCGCCAAAAUGUCUUUGAGAUCAGUAUACACGACUUUCCAAGUUUCAUGUGGACUUUGAGGCACAUGCCUUCCCUUGGGGCAUUCGACACUUUGUCCACCCUCUCACCUCUGCGCCUCUGGGUUAACUGCGAUGCGUGGCCCACAAUCGCUCCUCGCUAUGAGCCUCGUUGGUUCGCCCCACAAAUAGAAGCAGCCGGCGUCCAUAGAACCCGCGGUUUUAUCAAAAGAGGGUACGAGUGGAGCGACAGCGAUAGGGAGCAAUUGGUUUAG